CCAUACUUGUAUUCGCAUCUUAACCAUCGUCUCUCAUGAAUUACCUUGACCCUUACGAUGUUGCUGGAGGCUCUAAUACACCGCCCACUCAAAACAACGAACAAAGCUUGAAUGAUGAGGUAUCGCAGGUAAUUGGCCAGCUGGGCCGUUUUUGGGGUGGGUUCAAGAAGCAGAGUCAAAAUGCUCUUGAAGUUGCGCGAAAAGAUCUGACUGAAGUUGUGUCCCAAGCUCAGAAAGAAUUGCACAAAUUCACGGGUGAUGCUUCAAAUGAAGCUCAGCCCAGCAGUUCAUUAUCCGGUCCUCAGUCUGAAGAGCUACACCCAAGAUCAUCUAGCGAAACUCUCAAGCCAGAUGCUGCCGUUUCCUCAGAAAAUGCAAGUGCCUCGUCGAGCACUACUUCGGUACAAAACCUGUUUUCGCGCCUACAGACCUCUCUUCCUCCCAACGUCGUCUCCACUGUUCAGGCUAAUCUACCGGAGUCAUUGAAGCACCUUUCCGAAAACACCGAUUUUGCUCAGUUUCGGACAACAUUGACGUCGGAAUUUCAACGAUUACAGGGUGUAACCUUAACUCAAGCCGAAGAGUAUGUUCACAAGAGCGAAAUACUAUUGCGGGAUGCGAUGAAGGAAGCUGGGGAAGUGCUGAGAGAUGCUGUGAAGGUGCUACCUCCGGAUGAGAAUACGUCUAAUAACACUGGUCUUAUCUGGGAUGGGUCCGAUAUGUGGAUGUUGCCUUCGGAGUCAGGGGACAUACCCACUAGUGGCAAAGGCAAAGGCAAAGCUAACUCACAAAAUGCAGUUGCCACUCGCGCGGAGGCGUUACUCAAACGACUCAGGAGCGACCCUAAUAUCUUGAAACAUGAUCCCGAGGUCGAUGGAGGUGUCUACCUGCAGUGGAUAGCUUCAGACAUAGAUUCUGCGGAUGGUGGGAUAGAUGGUACUCAUUGGAGAGCGAAGAUCGAUGAAACUUUGCAGUCCGAGGAUGGAAAGACACUGCAGGCCACUUUCGACAUUUUAGUGCCUUCUGAGUUGUCUCAAGAUGUGUUCUGGAAGCGCUACUUCUUCAGGGUACAUCAAAUUCAAGUCGAAGAAAACAAACGGAAGACACUUUUGCAAGGUACGAUGGAGAACGAGGAAGAUUUCAGCUGGGAAGAUGAUGAGGCCGACGAUAGCUCCGCAUCUAUUGCAACGGCUGCAAAGAAUACUGAGGCUCCCAAGGUUCAACCUCUAGAUCCAGAUCCUGUAGCGAAGAAAUCUCCAGACCCAUCUUCCCAAGUCAAUACUCCUGCAAACACGAGUCCCCGCGUAAGUAGUGAAGAAAGCUAUGAUGUUGUUUCAGGCAAUGUGAGUGCAAGCGGGGAGGGCAGGAAGGGCAAUGAGGCUGCAGAAGAGUCUUCGGAUGGAGAUAGUGACUGGGAAUAAGUAUUUGCCUCUCUUUUAUGUAUUCUUUUUAUGAGUAAUCUUUCAAACUGAAUCACUUCUCGCCGUAUCUGCUGUAACUUAUGAAAAAUUCAUGUACAUCGUUGUUUUGCGGAAAAAAUGCGACCGGUUGCC